AUGGACUCAAAUUCCAACUUGACAGAGCACGAUGUCACCAUCACGUCUUUCGAGAUUGUGGAUUUGCGGUUUCCUACCAGUCUGGAUGGUGUUGGCUCCGAUGCCAUGCAUGUCGGCACGAAUGGAUCGCACCCUUUCAUCCAACUGAAUACUAACCAAGAUGGUCUAUCUGGCGAGGGUAUUGCAUUCAGUAAUGGACGCGGGAGUGAACUGAUCUGCAUGGCCCUUGACAUCUUUGCAAAACGGGUGGUUGGGCGAAGCAUGCAUGAGCUAACCCGCAACAUGGGUAAAACAUGGAGAUACAUGGUCUCAGAUUCUCAGUACAGAUGGAUCGGCCCCGAAAAAAGCGUGACCCAUCUUGCUGUCGCUGGAGUAUUGAAUGCAGUUUGGGACCUGUGGGGCAAGAUUCUCGGCAAGCCAGUCUGGAAGAUUGUAUGCGACAUGAACCCGGAGGAAAUCGUGAGGUGUAUUGAUUUCCGAUACAUCACGGACGUUAUUACGCCAGAGGAGAGCAUUGAAAUGCUUCAACAGACGCAGAAAAACAAAGACGCUCGACUUCAGGAGGCAAUGGAAAACAGAGCAGUUCCAGCCUAUACCACAUCCCCUGGAUGGAUGGCCUUUUCUGGAGAUCGAAUGCGCGAGGUUCUUAGAGAAACUCUAGCUGCUGGCUACACCACUUUUAAAUUCAAAGUGGGUAGUAGCAUUGAGGCCGACCGUGAGAAGCUAUCUGCGGUUAGAGAGGUUCUUGGCUAUGACUCGGGUUAUCAAAUCAUGAUUGAUGCAAACCAGGUCUGGAGUGUUCCAGAAGCCAUCGAAUACAUGAAGCAAUUGGUCGAGUUCAAGCCAGUGUUCAUCGAAGAACCUACAAAUCCUGAUGAUGUUUUGGGACAUGCUACAAUCCGCAAAGCGCUUAAGCCUUACGGUGUUGGCGUCGCUACGGGGGAGGCAGCUCAAAACCGAGUGACUUUCAAGCAGCUCCUACAAGCAGAGGCCACAGAUGUUUGUCAGAUUGACGCAGUUCGACUCGGAAGCGUAAAUGAAUGUCUUGCUGUCAUGUUAAUGGCUUUGAAGUUCAAUGUCCCAUGCGUGCCCCACAAUGGAGCUAUGGGACUGACAGAGCUUACAUCUCAUUUGAGUACAAUUGACUAUAUUGCUAUCAGUGGACGCAAAUCAAUGCUUGAGAACGCAGACAGUCACCGGGAGAACUUGAAGUACCCUUCGAAAAUCGAGAAUGCCCAUUAUGUUACUCCACUAUCCCCUGGUUACUCGACUGGUUACACGGAUGAAGCGUUUGAGAAGUACACUUAUCCAAAUGGAACAUUUUGGGAUAGCGAUGUGGGAAAAGAGAUUAUUGCUCAGCCGACUGGAGGCGAACUUUGA